AUGGCUGUAAAAAAUUGUAUCCAAAAAUUUCUUGCUGAUAAUGAGCUUAUUCCAAGAAUUAAUAUUUGUUGUGAACCUUAUGGAUUUGAAGAGGUUUUGGAUAAUCAAAUAAAAACUUCAUUAGAUGAGAAUUUUGAAAUAGUGUUUAAUGAAAAAAUUUUUGAAG